AUGACAGCCCAUGACGGGUGGGUCGGGAGGCGGGCAACGUUUGCGAAGAAGCCGGUCUGGGUGUGUCGUGAUGUCGAGGGUGUGAAGGGCGGCCGGAUGUGGGCAGCAGGGAACUAUGUCCCGCAGACGAAGCAGGCGCCGGAGGACUCGAUUGGGGAGUGGGUGAAGGGGGAGGAGAGCAUCGAGGACGAGGAUUUACUCGUGUUCCUGACGAUUGGCGCGACUCAUAUUCCGCGACCAGAAGAUUGGCCAGUGAUGCCUGUCGAGCAUAUCAACAUCAACUUUAAGCCAGUUUCAUUCUUUGCAUGCAAUCCCAGUAUGGAUGUUCCUGGUGUCCAUGACCCCACGAGCGUCCUUGCUUUUACCCCGGAUCCAAGCAACAGGAAUCAACCCUGUCAUUAA